UAUGAAUCCCAUUUUGAGUCAUGAAUUCCCUUCAAUUGACAAAUCUCUUGAUUCACCUCAUUUUGAAUGGCGAUGCACCACCUUUCGCUGGCACCUAUCAGCAUACUGGAAUGAGAUCUAAUCCUGCCUCUACAAGAUGAGACACUGGCAUGAUGAAAAAUGCGUAUGCAGCUUCAAAUCCUGCGACUACUAGUUUCGUGAUUGGUACUCGCCUUGCUCCAACCCGCAUCAACACCAAUCCAGCUGAUCGAAACCCGCCCUGCAACACGCGCUAUGUGGACAAUCUACCACUUGCAACAACGGAGGAAGAACUCAAGAGCUUGUUCUCUUGUCAGCAGGGGUGUCGACGUCUCUGCCACCGCACCAAAUCGAAUGGACCCAUGUGCUUUGUGGAAUUUGAGGAUGGAUGCAGGACAAGGGUUUGUGCCUCAACAGCAACAUCAUCACCAUCAUCAUCCACAUACAUUGCAAUAACGUCAGCAGCAUGGUCAAACGGGUGCAUUGAUGGGACAGCAUGCGCAGAUGGGCGCUCCUGGACAUUUUGUGAAUAAUGGAUACGCAGCACUUGCACCGCCGGAUCUAGCGUCAUCAAUUGGACACUCAAGUCACGCUAGUCAACAAACACGCACCCAUCGGUGUGUUUGGACACGGUAUGCCACCGGCUCAUCAUGAGACACAAUCAAAACAAUCAGACGCAAUCCUCUCAAGCUCUAGUCUGGCGUUGAUUCCACUAUUCUUCAGCGCAUUGACACCAUCUCUCUUAUCUAUUGGCAUGAACAGUACU